UUUGAAUUUGUAACGUUUUUCAUUCGUCAUGGCUGAAUUCCAUCAACGCAGCACUCGUCUCUUCAAUGACACCAGCAGUGCACCUCAAGACUCCCUCCAAGGCUUAGUUCUACUCUAUCCACAUAUAAACAUCCUCGAGAUUGGUAACACUGUCGUGCGCAAGGACUACGCCGCAAUGGACACCUUCCGGAUAUUAUCCGGUGGACCCAGCGGCCAUGAGCCGAUGUACUCCGGUUACGUAGGAAGGGGCAUGCUUAGCGCAGCCGUACAAGGUGACAUCUUCCGAUCCCCCACUACAUACGAGAUACUCAACGUGAUCAAAGAACUGGCUUACAAAAACGACUGGGGAGUGUUACUAAUCAUACAGAACUCAUCAUGCUGUGCGCUAAACUUCGGCCUAGCUGUAGAAAAAGCCCUAACGGAAGGUAUAAAAGUGAAAUGUUUGUUAACCACCGACGAUUGCAGUGAACCACUGAUGCCGCAGAAGAGUGACCAGAGUCAGGGUCUCACCGGGACAAUAAUCACGAUAAAAGUCGCCGGAGCAAUGGCGGACGGCUUCGCAGCGUGUUUAGAAGAAGUUCUAGAAUACAUCACCGAACUACAGAAACAGAUGAGUACAGUUUUAUUGGUAUUGAAACCUUGUUCACUCGUUUUGGAGCAGAAAUGUUUGUGUACGGAAGUAAACGCGACUUUAGGCGGUGAUUUACGAUCCAAACCGAAACAAAAGUUAAAAUGUCUAUCCGCCAAUUACGUAGUUGAAGAAAUGUUUAAAGAAUUAUCUAGAAACGUUCUGCUAGAUCCCGGGAGUGAAAUAGUCGUGAUGAUAAACAAUAUGUGUUGCUCCACAUUAGAGGAAAACAUUUUUAUAUCUGAAUUUUUAAAGAAGUUUAUUGCUAUGAACAUAAACGUGCAGAGAAUCUACGUUGGGACAUUUAUGACAGCUGUGGAUUUACAGGGAUUUACAGUGACUGUUAUAAAAAGCAGUGAGGAACUUCUAGAAUACUUGGAUUAUCCGACCGAAGCGCCAUCUUGGCAAAUGCGUAACUUCGGAAUAGAAACAAGUAUCCAAACGAAUAUACAACCAAGAAUAAAAGUGUUGAGUUUUCCGCGGAUAAUACCAAAAGGUCCUUCAUUGAGUGAGCGUGAAAGUAACAUUUUGUUACUUGUAGUGCAAUUUGCAUGUGACGCGUUGAUAUCUUGUCGAAAACAAUUAGAUAUCAUGGAUUCUGAAGAGGGCGCUGGUGAUGUGGGUAUGAAGUUAGAGUUUGUCGCGAAUACAAUACUCAAAGGUUUGAAAGAGAGUGGUAUUAAUACAACGAAUAUGUUUGCGUUCUUUAAAAUGUUGUCGAAGAUCUGUGACACUGUCAAUGGGUCUUUGGGCGCGAUUUAUUCGAUUAUGUUUGAGUCUUGUGCGAAUACUUUCGGGAAUUGUGAUUGUGACGAUGCAAUUGAUGAAAAUUUAUGGUUAGAAUGCCUGCAGAAUUCUCAUAUAGCUCUUAAAAGUUAUACACAGAAUGAAGAUCCUGCUUAUAAUAUGUUGGCACCGUUGAUUGCGUGUUCUGCUACUAUACAGGAACAAAUUUCGUUAGAUAGGGUGCCUAUCUUGCAGGCGUUUGAGAAUGGUGUCGCCGAGGCGGAAAUGGCUGCGAUGAGAACAACGAUUAAACAUUAUCCUGAUCCCGGUGCGCAUGCGGUUGGUAUAUGGCUGCGCGCUGUUUAUGAAGGUGUCAAGUUUAGAUGCCAGUAUUAAGGAGUAUAAAAGCGCGCGCUGAAAAGUCACAAAUCAAAGUGGCGAGUUUCUCGACUACCCCCUCGGGUUAUAGCGUUGACUUGCGCCCCGAAAGGCCUUGAGCGCCGGCCCCGCCUUCCGCCCUCGCCGGAUUAAAGAGCGCCGAUCGCGCGUGCUGCCGAUUGGCCCUGCGCCCUCGAAACCCACGCCACGGAUUGGCCGCCGGCGCCAACCUUUGCUCACCCUUUCGACCUGUCGCUGAACACCGACCAGCCACCGCACGCGCCGCUUCCCACCGCCGCCUCCACGCCGCAACAAAGGCAAAACAAUGCUGCAUCAAUUAUUCACGCUCAAUACUACCGCUAAAUAGUUAUAAAUUACAUUUGGGAUGACGAUACAUGAAAAAAUAGAAGGAAACAUGUUUCGGGUAUGAAUUGUUCAUGAAUUGUUCAUGUAAACUACUUGUAGAUACGGCUGAUUGUUUAUUGUUCACCGGCGGCCAUUUUGUAUUGUUGUGAUCAUUGAAAGUAACAUAUUGAGGUCACAAAAGGACAAAUUAUGUGAGGAUUUUUGUUCGUUUGGAGUUUUUAGGGCACAGAUUGCGUGUAUGCACGUUUUGUACAUUUGCCGCCUUCG